AACAACAAACUCUUGACAUAGAAAACGGAAGCAAGCGGACGAAAGCGAGAGUGUUGACGCGUCUGCAGAAGCCGCGUGUGUUCCUGAGACAGUGAGGCCGUGAAGCCAACUUCCGGGGAAACAAAGGGGAAUGAACUUGCGGUUUACUCCAAAUUCGUCUAAACUACUUGCGAUCUUCGGACUCCUGCCACCGACCAUGGACCCUCCAGCAGCCACAACCAACAGAAGGCCUUUGCCCGACUUGCUGCCAUCGCCAAAAACAGCCUCGCUCUGUCCUGAGAUUCACACCAGCGUUUCCACUCUGGAAGACGCUAGACGUUCCCUCUCAGAGCCUCCCGCUUACUUGCAGUGCCAGACGUUGGCGAGCCUCAAACGUGAAUGCCCAAAUAGUCCACCAUAUCUCGUCGAGAGUGACGAGCCUCUCGACCUUCGGGUAGAGUGCAAGAAAAUAAAAUUUGAUCAUAGCGAGAAGAGGAAACUGACGGUUCCCUUCGUCGAGACUGUUGACGUGAAUCCAAAUAUGACAUUUUUUGAAGCCAUGCAGCAAAGUUUAGCUUGCCAUAACAGGACGUCUCGGGAUACUAAAUCUCCUUCACCGACUCCUUCAGAGGGUAACAAAAGUGUGGACUCAACAACAUUACCUUUCAUUUUUGAUCCUCGAUUCUUUUAUCCACGAAUGCCGCAAGUGACCUACCCAGGCAUGGGUAACGGGAGCCCAUACUUCUCGUCACCUUUGCCAUCACCAGUUAAUUUCCAAUUCGCAAACAAUUCCCCCUACCACCCAUUUCCAAUUCCACCGGUUCAACCUACCCCAUAUUCAUUCAAGCAAUCGUUUUCAGAGAAUUCAACUUCGUUUUUAUACGAAGCAAUUAAAGACCGCAGGGAGAACAGUCAUUUAGUUCCAAGUCCAUGCCAAACCACUUCUAAAAGCAAGGACCGCUAUACCUGCAAGUAUUGUGGCAAAGUUUUUCCUCGUUCAGCCAACCUGACGAGACACGUGAGAACCCACACGGGUGAGCAGCCUUACAAAUGCCGACACUGCACACGAUCUUUCUCAAUAUCAUCGAAUCUCCAGCGACACGUGCGUAACAUUCACAACAAAGAAAAACCCUACACAUGUCCGCGAUGUAACAGGGCUUUUGGCCAACAGACUAAUCUUGACCGACAUUUGAAAAAACAUCAAAACGAGUGCCCGACCAUCCUAGACAACUACCCACGGAAAUUUGAGUAUUCAUCGAUCGGAGAAGCUAUUAAAAGGUCAAAUAAUUUAAACUCUUUGCACAAGUUUCUAGCAAGCGGAGCUCUAGCGAUGUCACCGAAGUCCACCGAAGACAUGGAACCAUCAGACGUUGACGAGGCCAUUGAUGAAAUUGUGGACGUGGUUGAAGACGGCACUUCUGAUUCAGACAAGGAAGAUCAACGUCCUGACUCAACUGCAACUUAUUCAAAGGAAGAAUCUGUCAAUGACGAAGCUCAGGUUAAUGGGUUAGGGAAUACCUCAGUUUCAUUUGAAAUGACAAUAAGACCGGCGUCGGAGGUGAUAGCCAGUCACGACAGUGAUUGCUCUCCUAGUUCUAGCAACCUCAUAGCUGCAUAGUUACAAAUCCGGUAGAAAAUCCGACGCUUUAGACCUAGACUUAUUUUGUGUUAAGGAAACCCCAAAAGCAUGUUCAUUUUCAGGUAUUGCUAAAAUUAUUGCAGUUUGGUCGAAUGCAGUAUAUUUUUUAGUAGUUCAGUGACCGACUCGAAUAGCUGGGGUUGAUUGAACUAAUAAAACAUGUCCUGUGAAAUAAAGAGACUGAAAUAGCGUUUAUUUUAAAGUAUGAAAUCAUAUAUUCGCUAUGGUUUCACAUAAGGUUAAGUUGAAAAUUAUUUCGGGUUAACGUGACAUUACACGGCAGAGUGCCGACCAGGCAUUCCUUGAAUUUGCGGCAUCAAUAAUAUCAAUUUUGUGAAGAAAUAUAUUUUUAUAUUUGAGGAAUCUUCAAACAAUUUUUAUUUCUCAUUCAAACAUUAACGUAAAGAUACUAUAGAAUUUCAUGCCAUUUUGCAGUUAUGAGAAAGCUAAAUAAUGUUUAUUUUGUGAAAUAUAUUUAUACAAUUAUUUAUUCAUCGUUGAAAUGGAAUUAUUUAAACCUCUAUCCUUAUUUCCAUUUAUUAUCUGUGACCUCGUUUUCUACCAUCAUUCAUUUCCUGGGAGUUACUUCGAUUUCUUCACAUAAAUUUGCACCACUAUUAGAUAAAGCACUUAAGCGUAGAGUACGCAUCACUCAUGGUGGCUGAAAUAAGCUUUUUGGUGGCACCAACAUAAGUUCUGACGGCAUCAUUUUUAUUGUACGCAGUUUCAAGUUGUCUUUACGACAAAAUUUACGAUUUUUCAUAAAAAUUUCUGUCUCAUAUUCGUGAAAACUUGGGUUGAAUACUUUUUACUGAUCUCAAAUUUCUUCUUUUUCUGGCCUGUUCAUGAACUGUUCAUAUUUAAUAUUGUUCCACUUUUCUUCAAGGGUCGCCAGUAAUAACCAAAAAGAUAUCAUACCAACGUUAUUUCGAAGCGCUGAUUGUGUUACAGCGUUAUCGACUAUUGGAGAUCAUUAAUAUAUAUAAAAUAAAUUUAUUAGUGACAAUAUUUUUAUUAAGAGUUAUGUUUUUAACUGCACU